AUGCGUGUUUUGCAAGCAAAAUUCACUGGGGCUCGUACAAGCGGCAGCAAAGCCUCUAGAACUAGAACUGUGGUGACAAUUGAUGAUGACAGCGAUGAUGGUGGCACUACUGAGUCCGAGGCUAGUACUCCGGAGCAAGAGGAUACGGAUAACAUCAGUGACAUGCAUGAGGAUCCCGAUGGGAAUGACAAUUAUGACCACGAUGGGGAUGUUCCUUUCGACGAUUAUACAGAAAAGCAAGGCGGCUCGGAUACCUUUUCUUGGUCUGCAGGCUGCAUUUUUGCUUGGUGUAGGACUGACUGGCUCGACACAUCUCGGGAUUUCUUUCAAGAUUGA